AUGAGUCACGUGCUGCUGGGGUACACGAAAGAGAGAGGGAGGAAGAAUGAACUACACGACAAGGAAAGCGUGAAGAAGAAAUUCGUUUCUAAAAUUGGAGGAAGACCAUUUUGGCUAGAUCGAAUAAACUUACAUUCACAAAAGGAGUUCCACUGCUUCCUGUGCAGCAAGCUCAUGUCUUUUCUUUUACAAAUAUACGCACCCAUUGAUGAGUUCGGCCAUUGCUUUCACAGGUGCCUCUACCUCUUUAUAUGUUUGUCUUGUGGAAACCAAGUCAAGUGCUUCCGCACGCAGCUGCCAAGGAACAACCCCUUUUAUGAGUACAACCUGAGUGGUAGGUCGGACUCCGAGGCGAGUAGCCACGCUAGCGCCGGGGAUGACGAACCAUACAGUGACGAAGAUGAGGAAGAGGAAGAAGAUGGCGACGGUGAGGAGGGUGAGCCUGGCCAGGAGACAGAGGAAGAAAUGCUCAAUGAGGUGAAGGAUGCGUUCGAGCAAAACGCAGAGGAAGGUGCUCAUAGCGAGGUAACCACAACGGAGGGGUCGAAUGGGCAAAAAGGAACAGGAAAAAACGACAAAACGAUAAACAAAGACACAGAUUACCUGACCCUGUUAAUACAAAAAGAUAAGAAUAAAUUUGACCAACAAAUGGAAUACCUUUUUUGCUGCUCCGUCUGUGGCAUCCCUUGUGCAAACAAAACGGGCAAGCACAAAGAGUGCUUGGAGAGGACACAUGUGAUUUUUAAAGAAAAAAAAAUUUACAUAGAUGAUGAGGAGGACUGCGUGAGUAGCAGCACUGGGUCGUGGAGCUCCUCCGGGGAGCACGCACAGCAUGAGCAGCGUGAAGAGUGUGCAGAGGGUGAAGAGCGUGAAGAGGGUGCAGAUCACGAAGAGCAUGAGGAACAGCAGGAGGGGGAGGCAGAUGACCAGCUGGACGGGAGCGAAAUGAACGCGUUUGAACAAAUACAAAAGGAGGUGCUAGCCAAGCGCAAUAUCGACCGCGUGUUCCUCUCCUACUGCAGCAAAUUAAGCAGGUUCCCCACGCAGGUCAUUCGUUAUUCAUACAAAGGACAAGUGUUGCUCUCGUCGAGUGAAACAACCAAUUGUAAUGAAAAUAAUGUAUAUGACGAGAAUUUGCGUGCAGCCUUUUCCAGUGGAAGAAGUUCAAAGAAGGUGUUGUUGUCCCCUGAUGGGGGGUCCUCUAACGGGAUUGUGCCACCCCAAUGUCACAUCUGCAAGCGAAGAAAAGUCUUCGAAUUUCAAGUCCUCUCUACAAUUAUAAAUUAUUUAAAAAUAAAAAAAAACCUUAUAACGAAAGAGGACCCUCUCUCUAACUUAAAGUUCACGUACAUUUCUGUGUACACCUGUGAGAGGAAUUGCGACACGUACGACAUUAACAACUUUCAGGAGCGUCAGCGGCUUGCGGACACGAGCAGGUACAUACAGGAGUACGCCUCAGUGCAGGCGGAGUAG